UAACCCUAAUUUCUCCCUCCCUUCAAGAUUUCUACAGAGUUUGGAAUUAUUUUCUAAAGCUCAUUUAUCCAGCUUUAUUGUGCAUGUAACAGUCACUUCCUUAGCUCUUUAUUUACAGACGACAUACCACACAUGAACAGUUUGUUUUUUGCUAGCUCUCAUUUUACUCAAUUAUCACAUUUUUAAAUUUUUUUUAUGUAGUAAUGGCAGAAAGGCUCUGGAUUACCAUUCAGAUGCUAGCAUGAGUCUUUUAGUAAACACACACACAUGCAUAUUUACAAACAUUUGCAUGAAGAAGGUAGUUUGCAAAUCAGAGAAAAAUGUACAUAAAAAAGAAACCUUAUGAUUUCCUUAGUUCUGCUGGCGGAUUGAAAGCAAUUUUCAGUUGCAAAAUAUAACUUUGUAGCUACACUUCCUGUGUAUGCAUAUGGACUUUUGCCAAGAUCAAAAGAUUCUAAAAAAAUGUCAUGCAUACAUUUUUUGCAAUACCGCUAUAGUGUGCAGCUGUUUGAAUCUGAUUUCUUCUUGAUCUCUUUCUAUUGUGUUGGUUUAAUUGAUGUUGUUAUUGCAAACUCUCACCAAUUUCUUUUUCUUUUUGCCAGUAGCUCACAUGCACACAUGGCAAGAAGCAGCCUGACAUUGCUUGACAUCUCUCUGCUUCCUCAUUUCGAUAUUAACUGUUUACCAGAAAAGAAACAGGUCUGGGGCUAGGGUGUUUCUCUUUUUUUUUUCUUGUGUGAGGAUUUUUGUUUCCUUUCUGUUCACAGUAGCAGAUCAUGACACAGAGCUUCCUCAGACUGCCCAAUGCUGUUUUUCACCAACUUGAAUUUAGAGCAAACAGGAGUGUGGAAGCAUUUAACUUUCUGCUGUAGCCAGUGCAUGGUAAGAACUGCAAAGCUGAGUGCUGCUGCUAAUCUAUUCUCAGGACAAACCAGUUGAAGGAAUUUCCCCCUCCAUAAUUCAGUAAUAAUGACACAGCUGCAGUUUAAAGAUGCAUUUUGGUGCAAGGAAUUUACAGUCCACACUGGCUAUGAAGUGCUUGUACAGCGACUGUUUGAUGGGAGAAAGAUGUGCAAGGAUGUGGAAGACUUGUUCAAACAGAGAGCACAAGCAGAAGAGAGAUAUGGGAAAGAGCUGGUUCAGAUUGCCCGAAAAGCAGGAGGACACACGGAAAUCAACACACUGAAGGCAGCAUUUGAGGUCCUAAAACAAGAAAUUGAAAAUGUUGGAAACUCACAUAUUCAGCUGGCAGUAAUGCUGAGGGAUGAACUGAAAAGAAUAGAGGAGUUCAGAGAAAGACAGAAGGAGCAAAGAAAAAAGUACGAGUCUGCAAUGGAUCGUGUGCAAAAGAGCAAGCUGUCCCUUUAUAAGAAAACUCAGGAGUCAAAAAAGACCUAUGAGCAGAAAUGCAAGGAUGCAGAUGAGGCUGAGCAAACCUUUGAGCGGAUAAGUGCUUCGGGCAACCAAAAGCAAACAGAAAAGAGUCAAAAUAAAGCUAAACAAUACAGAGAUUCAGCGAAUGAAGCAGAGAGGGUGUACAAGCAGAACAUAGAGCAGCUGGACAAGGCCAGGACUGAAUGGGAGCAGGAACAUAUCAAAACCUGUGAGGCCUUUCAACUCCAGGAGUGUGACCGUAUCACCAUCCUCCGGAACUCCCUAUGGGUUCACUGUAACCAAUUCUCCAUGCAGUGUGUGAAGGAUGAUGAGCUGUAUGAAGAGGUUCGGCUUAGCUUGGAAAACUGUACUGUAGAAUCAGACAUGGACUGCUUCAUUAAGAAUAAAACGACGGGAACAGAGCCACCAGAUCCAAUAGGAUAUGAAAAUUAUUAUGACAGAGAACCUCCUAAAGGCAGCCCAACCCAGUCUUGUGGGAUGAUUAAAAAAUUCUCUGGAUUAUUACAUGGAAAUACCAAAAACAUCAGUGAACCCGUUAUUCCCACAGCCCCUCCUCUCGAGAAAACAGAUGGGGUCUAUGCAGCCAUUAAUGUGGGUGAACAUGCAGCAGCCACAUCAUCACAGAACUACAGAGUGCUCUAUGACUACACAGCCCAGAACAUGGAUGAACUGGAUAUCAAUGAAGGAGACAUCAUAGCAGUCAUUGAAGAAGGCGAGGAUGGCUGGUGGACAGCAGAGAGGAAUGGUCAACAAGGAUUUGUGCCAGGGUCCUACCUUGAAAAGCUUUGAUGAAAAGCUGCACUUGUUUCAAGGCUCUAGUUUAAAGGUACCUUAUUACUCAAAAUACUGGAUAUGGCCAGCCAUGACUGACCAAGAAGAGCCCAUGACUUCUAAAAUCAUCAUUUGGGGCCUAACAAAAUGACAUUUUUUCUACAUCUUUCCCUCCACACUGAAGCAGUUUUUUCCCAGAGGGGCUAGAGGGGGUUCUUUUUUCACGAAGUUCUCUCCUCUCUUCCCUCCUUCUUCCUCACUGCCACUGACUUAUCUAUCAACAUUAUGCAUUGAACGGAGUUCUUCAACAUUAGAAGCAUGGAGGAGAGAAAAGAGGAAGAAUCCACUUCACUGCACUAAAAGAUUGUUUUCAAGAGUGGAAAAUGAGGAACAUCCCUCUGUAAUUUUGUGCCACCCCCGAUUAGGUUUUUUAAUCACUUCCAUGGCCUUUUCUACCAAAAAGCAAUUUUCUUCUUCAAUGGUGUAAGCAACUUUGACAUCCUUGCUGACUGUGUACCAUUUGGGGGGCAGAUAUAUGUAUUUUAGUGGUUUGAAUAAAGACACUUUUACUAUACCUAGGUCUUAGCUGUACAACACAGUAUGGAGGUUCAUCUAAUAGGCACAAAGGGACAAGGAUGGAGACUCCUUAUUUCUUCUUUACGCAUAAUUAUCAUCAAAGAGAACUGAUAGAAAGUCAAACUCAAAACAUAGCUCUAAAAACCAUUCUGACAUGAACAAAAUAUAUGCCCUUACCAAUCAUCACCAACUCCUCCUAUGAUUUGUUAAACCCCAAGUCUUCCACAACCCCAACUUUGCAUUGGAUCCAAAGGCAAUGAGGUGAUAUUAGAUAACAGACGGAGUGUGGCCUUUGCUCUCUUUGAUGGAUUGUGUCAGACCUUAUCAGUUCUUUCAUGCACCUUAUAAACUAACUGAAUCAAAAAUACAUUAGCUUUGUGAGCAACAGCCUACCCUGUCAGAUGCCACUUAUGAAGUGAGCUGUUGCUCACAAAAGCUUAUUCAUCUCUGAUUCAGCUAGUCUGCAUCAGUGAGUUUCAACCAGGGUGCUAUGACACCCUGUGAUAUCUUGGGAUAUUUUCAAAGGUGCUGCAGUAUGCUGCACAAUGUUAGCAUUGUUAGGUGUGCAACCAUGAUUCAAAAGAUAAACCCAUAAUUUUCACAUCGCAAUUUCUAGUGUUAAAAACAUUCUGACCUAUUUUGAUCUUUCUGAGUUCUUUGCAACAGAAGAA